GUUCAUUGUAAGCUUUUUCAUUUUAAAAAUAUAUAUAUAAAACUUUUCUAGCUCUUUUUUUUUUUUUGACACCUUUUUUUUUUAAACCCUCCCAUGAGCAAAUUUACUCGACCAACGUUUAAUGUGGACGACGAUGAUUUAGAAAGACUCCAGCAAGAGUUCUUCGAUAAAGAGCAAAUGCCGUCUGCCAAAGUUUAUCGCAAAACCGCACCUGUCAUGGAUAAACCUAAGCGUAGUCUUUUCUCGGAACGUUUGCAUGCUUCGACAACCGAGCAAGCUACUACUAUGCCAGCAUUAGAACCAGGCAAUAGCUUGCCUGCUUUAGAGACUCCUGCAUUAGAGACUCCCACUUUGCAGGCACCCGCUCUAGAGACACCUUCAUUAAACACCAGCAUCGAGGAGGAAAAAGAAGAAUUCGAACCCGUCAUGGAUCCUAAUCCCGAACCUCAUGUACCCGUCACCAAGAAAAUGAUUGAUCUCACCUCUCUUUUGGGUAAAGUGUUGGGAGAUAUUACCGAACACAAAGUAGAGAAAGUGAAUGCACCCACAUUACCCACUGCCAAUCAACAAGGUAAGACGUCUCGUGAGCAGCAUGCAGGUUUUCCUAAACCUGUCCAUCGCAGUGAAUUCAAGAAACGUUUGGAGGCGCAACGAAAUAAAUCAAGUGCGAAGCCUAGAGUGGAUGCGCCUCCUCAAGUGGCCUCACAAAAUUCGGCCAUGUUGGAUACCUCGCUGUUUGAUGACGACAAUGAUCGUCGUAUUGGUGAAAUGAGUCAACAACAAUUAGAGGAAGCACGAGAGGAAAUCAUGAGCACCUUGAGUCCAGAAUCCAUUGCAUUAUUAAUGAGGGGGCUGAAAUCCAAAGCCUCACCAAAAGAAAAGGAGACGGUAGACAAAAAAGAACAAAAGAAGAAAACCGUCUCUUUUGAAGAACAGGUAGAGGAUAAAGACGAUUUAUUACAGAUGAAGAAGCAAUACUUUGAGGAUGUACCUACCGAAAACGAUAAAUUAGCUUGGAUGGACAAUCGAUUCUUGACCAAGGAGAUCAAGGCGCAGACAUCCAAGCGACUCAAGGAACUCGAACUCGAAAGUAGUAAUGAAGCGGAAGCCACUGAAGCCGAAAGGGUCUAUCGUAAACUUCGUUUUGAUUUACAAGGUCGUAUUAUGGAUCAAAAGUUAGAUUUACCAAGACAUUUAGGUCUGCAUCAUCAUGGCGAUGAACCCGAAAAGGCCGGCUAUACCCUGGCCGAAUUGUUUUACCUCGCUCGUAGUCAAGUUCCAUCUCAACGAUCCAUGGUAUUAACCACUUUGGGUCGUAUCAUCACUCAAGCGAAACAACAUAAAGGUCAAGAUGUUUGGGAUCAUGUCAUGACCGUCUUUACCGGAAAAGAACAUUCGGCCUCCAUCUAUCUUCGUUCGGCAUUGGACGAUCGUAACCUAAUUGUGCUUGUCAGUGCCAUCCAUGCUUUAUCAGCCCUGAUCUUGGACAAUGAUACACAAUGGGAACAAUCCCUCUUGGAGGCUCAUGAUUUCAAUCAAUUUUUGGGUCAUAUUGCACGCCCUAUCUUACCUGAAGGGGCUUCACAGAUCAAGCGAAAGGGGUUAAACGACAAGUUGACAGAAUUAGUAGACCGUGUACGACAUAGUUCUGGGCAACCCAGCGCGAGUGAAGAAGAACAGCGUGAUGAUGCUGCACUUGCAGAACGUGAUCUUGUACGUGGAUUAAUCAAGAUGGAUAUUUUACCUCGUAUUCGAUAUCUUUUAGGAUCCGAUAGUGGUAGUGAUUUGAUUCAGAUGGAUCCAGCGUCUGUUGAACGUUUAGUGCGAAUUUUGGUACGUAUGGCCGAAGCAGGACAGGAUGUAUGUGAGGCAAUUGAAGAAGAAGAGCUGAUGGAACCCGUCAUUUCUUGGGGAAUUGUGAACACGCAAUGGCCAAUGACGACUGACGACGAGAACAAGAAGGCACAUUCAUGCUAUCCCAGUUUGGCAUCUGUACGACUCCUUACAGUACUAGCUCAGGGGAGUAAACAAAUUGCGGAAAGUCUGGUCGAAAAGGCAAGCAUCACGUUACGAUUUUUGGUAACCUCUCCAGAUGCUGCCUGUAACGGUAUGAAACAACGAGCUUAUGCACUCCAGCUUGAAACGUUAAAGUUGAUUCGAGUCUUGUCUUGCUACGGAUACAUUGUUCCGACCUUGGAGGAUCUGCAUGGACCUGUGAUGAAUUGGCUUCGUGCUGCUCUCUCCAGUGACUGCACUGAGAUGGAUGCUACGAGGGCUUCAACGGCUAUGGGAUUACUGGAGGUGCUUUUACAUUGUGCAGCGGACCCACAUCUCACUACACCUGCUCAUGCAAUUGAUUGGCAUCAACCCACAGCUUAUUUACCUGCGAUUACGGCAGUUUUACGUGCAAGCAGAAACAGAAACCACACAGAAUUGUACGAAUCCUCUUUGGGCUAUUUAGGUGCCUGGGCUUCUCAUUUAAAUAGAUUUCCUCCUUCUUCCGAGUUGGAAAUUGGAGAAAUUUGGAAAGCUGUUAUUGAAGAGGAUGCUAACUUUGAAUCCGGUAAUUCCGUUGCAUUAGGUUACACCACUACAACAAAUCAUGUCCUUCGUUACAUUCAAUUUAUUGUUGCAUAUGCUUCACUGAACAGUGACAAAAAAACCUCCUCCUCUUCUUCUUCUUCUGCCCCCUCCUUGUACCGCGAUGAAGCUAGAACUCGACUUCGAUCAGCUCAAAUUAUUCAUUUAUUGAAGGCAGAUUAUUCAAAGGACAUGCUCUCAAGAUAUGCCUUCUGGUUAUGGUUGAAGCACUGCCAGGAAAAGGAAAAGUGCUGGGGAAUGAGUUUGGGAUUGGCGGAACUUGAAUCUGGUAUCAGAGGUGCACACAUGGGUAUCGUCGAAACGUGGUUGGCGCAAGACCUCUUGCAGCUUUGUCUUUCUACUAAAACUUUGGGCGACCUAACCAGUAGCUUGGGACCCUUCUAUUUCCAGCAUGAUGAAAACAAUUACGAGAUUUCAAAAAGUUUAUUCGAGAUGGAUGGUAGAAAGCUCAAGAGCUUGAUGUAUACGCGUAGUGCGGAAGAAAAGGUGGAUGGGUUGUCAUCGUUAGAGACGAGUGCCUUUAUUCUUUCGCCCAUUGAUGGUUUAUACCACCUCGAUAAAUGUAAAGUUGCACAAAAGGUACAGGAUGAUGCAGCAACGGUGGUUGCCAACACGAUGGAGUUAUCUACGAAAAUCUUUUAUACGACAGAUAUUAACCAUGAAGUUGCUAUUGUGAGCAUGAUGAAGAUCUUUUUGAUUGGAGAUCGCGAGGGAAGAAUGGCGGGUAUGGAAAGUGAACGUGAAAUCUUUUGGGAUGAGCGAGUGUCAAAAAUUCUAGGACAAUGGUUAGACUACCUGUGUCGACAAAAGACCAACCUGGCUGGAUUGGAGAAUGCCUGGCGGAGAUCAUCGGAAUAUAUCCGACAAGCUCAGGUACCUUUCUUCCAAUUUUAUCAAGGCUUCGUAGCUCAAUAUGCAGCCGUAUCGUUUGGUCAUCACGGGUUUGCGCGCCUUUUGGUAUACCUUGUGACUCAAAUAGACACGAUUGACUAUCGUCACUUGUUGUUCAGUGAUUACAGAGAUAUUUUACCCACUCUUAAAGUUGCUGCAAAUGAAAUUCCUCCUCUUUCAACUGCCGAAGCUCAACAAUUUGCAGAUGCAGGAUUGAAACUCUUGUAAAAAAAAAAAAAUUCUUCCUUUUUGUUUAUUUAUUAUUGACAAAAAAAACACACAUAAAAACGUCAUUAGUACAAUACUGACACAUAAAGUAGAUAAUAACAGAAGCUUCUUUUAGAAUUGUAAAUUCAGAAGAAAUAAAAACCUUAAGUAAACUUUCUUCAGAAAAGAAAAAAAAAGUAUCUAAAUAUAUAAGACGGACAGAAAAAGAGUUGAUUAUCAUAUACUAAUAUUAAACGAUCUGCAAAUAAUGAAAUGUUGUUGUAAACCUCCCUGUUUUUUUUUUUUUUUUUUCUU